AGCUUCAAUCACAGUUCAACUCCCAUCUCUAGCGAGUUUACACCUCCAAUAAACAAAAACAAAUUUUGUUAAAGUUUUUAAAAUAAAAAACAAACAUGGUGUCCAAAUCGUCUAUGUGCCUGCUAGUGUGCGUGGCGCUCAUGGUUAUUGUGUCGCAGCCGCAGAACGCGGUUCAAGCAGACGUGCACAUUGGCAGCUGCGUUUGGGGAGCCGUGAACUACACGUCCAACUGCAACAAGGAGUGCAAGCGCCGCGGCUACAGGGGCGGCCAUUGUGGGAGCUUCGCGAACGUCAACUGUUGGUGUGAGAAGUAGUUCCUCUACUUCUAAGUAUCCAAAAUCCAUAUUAUCACUAACACAACGUCUACGUCUACGACUGCCUUCAAUGACGACGACUUCGUAUCAUUAGGAGAAUCAUCCUUCACUACACUCAGGAUUGAAACUGAGAAGCCCUCACUGCGCUCAGGAUUCAAUGUGCGCCCUCAAUGUGUGCUUAUGACAGUCAGUCAAGAAUAGUCAACAAUUUAAGUAGCUAAUAUUUUUGUACUUUAAUUUAAAUAAAAUGUUGAUUAAUUA